UAAAGGUGUAGCAACAAGAACAAGUUCUGGCCAAAUUCCAGCAGGCAGAGCACAGAUGCUGUGUACACCAGCAAUACUUUGCUGCACCUUUUCCUACAUCUGGAGUGCUGUUUCUGGUCUGUAGUGUGACUUGUGGUUUAGGGAAAUGCCCUUUCUGGUUGUUUUCAAUUGCCAGAACUUUUUUGUGGGAACCAAAUCAGCACCCAUGGAGUUCAAGUAAGUUUCAAAUAAGAGAGGAAAAAUUUCCAUUUUUGUCAGAAGCCUGCCUUUUACUAAGGUGUUGCAGAUCUGCAUGAGAAUAGCAAUAGCAAGGAGAAGCUUCUCGAACAAAAGCAUUUGUUCAAUUUCAUUUUUUUGUUCUAGACUUCUGUUUUAGGAAAUGGCCAAGUCUGUAAUUCCUCUCAAGUAGGGAGGAGGAAAAACAAGCAAAAGGUAUUUAGCCUUUGCUAAAUUUAGCAAGGCUAUGAGCAACUGUAAGAUAGAGUUUUAUAAUGUUUAAUUACUACAUCUACACUUAAUGGUUUGGAAUGCCCAUUUGUUGUGUGACUUAAAGUAGUCUGAAGUCAUAAAACAUGGUUGUGUGGAUGAUAACUUGAUGGUCUAAUAGCAAAAUGUUUAUUCAUGCUGAGCCCGCAUCUUCAUUACAUUAGUAAUACUGUUAAUGUAAGCCAUGUGUCUACGCAGGGAAGAAAAACUAUUAUUUAAUAUAAUUUAAAGAGUGUUGCUGGCUUAUCCUUCUGCAUAUGUUACUGAUUCCAAUCACUAAUGGAAGUUUAAAUAGACUGGGUGAAUAUGUAUAACAACUGCUAAAAUAAAUUCCUUGGUGAUUGAGAUAAUUUGUCAGCAAGUGAAGCACUAGUGAAGCUGGUCAUAAGAACAGCCCUUAAUAAAUUGGCUACAUUGUUUUUUCCAGCUUCUCAAAGAAUGCACAUGCUUUCUUUUCAUAAAAAUGGAGUUUGUCAAACACCCAUGAGCCAAACAGAUCGGGUUUUAUAGAUUGGGAAAAAUGCCAGAGAGCUAUUGUAUGUGGGAAGUUUCAGGAACCUGUGCCGUUUGAAUACGUUGGAUAGUUACAUUCUUAAACUUGCGUGAUGAAGAGAGCUGGGCACAAGGGGGUGGUUGGAACUGAAGCUCCUGGAACAUCACAGACACGCAAAAAACAGAAAACUAGUUUACAUGGCUCAGGACUUGGGGAAUCUGACCCAUGCACCUCGCUGGACUGGGGCAGCCUUCCACACCACGUGAUUCUGCGUGUUUUUCAGUUCCUGACUUUAGUAGAUCGAGCCAGGGCAUCUUCUGUUUGUCGAAGGUGGAAUGAAGUUUUUCACAUCCCAGAUCUCUGGAGGAGAUUUGAAUUUGAACUUAGCCAGCCAGCCACUUCUUAUUUAAAGUCUACGCAUCCGGAUCUCAUUCAGCAGAUUAUCAAGAGGCACGCUGACCAUCUGCAGUACGUCAGCUUCAAGGUUGACAGUAGUACUGAGUCAGCAGAAGCAGCCUGUGACAUCCUUUCUCAGUUGGUGAACUGUUCUAUCAAGACACUGGGUUUAAUCUCUACAGCAAAACCAAGCUUCAUGAAUGUCUCUAAGGCUCAUUUUGCAUCAGCACUGACAGUAGUUUUUGUGAACUCCAAGUCAUUAUCAUCAAUCAAGAUAGAUGACACACCCCUUGAUGAUCCUUCCUUGAAGGUUCUUGUUGCUAACAACAGUGAUACGCUAAAACUGCUAAAAAUGAGCAGCUGUCCUCAUGUUUCACCUGCUGGGAUUCUUUGUGUGGCUGAUCAGUGUCAUGGACUUAAAGAGCUGGCUUUGAACUAUUACAUAUUAAGUGAUGAACUGCUGCUGGCUCUUUCAAGUGAAAAACACGUUGAUCUCGAGCACCUCCGCAUCGACGUCGUGAGUGAAAAUCCCGGACAAGUUCAGUUUCACACCAUUAAAAAGCAAAGCUGGGAUGCUCUUGUUAAACACUCCCCCAAAGUCAACAUUGUUAUGUAUUUCUUCUUGUAUGAAGAUGAAUUUGAUGCUUUCUUCAGAGAGGAAACACCUGUUACACACCUGUACUUUGGUCGUGCAGUGAGCAAGGCAAUGCUGGGUCGCAUCGGCAUGAACUGCCCCAGGCUGAUUGAGCUGGUCGUGUGCGCCAAUGGACUUCAACCUUUGGAUGAUGAGCUCAUCCAGAUUGCUGAGCGCUGUAAGAACUUAACAGCCAUGGGGCUGGGGGAGUGUGAAGUCACCUGCAGGGGUUUUAUUGAAUUUGUAAAGAUGUGUGGGGGCAGGCUUACUCAGCUUUCUAUAAUGGAGGAGGUGCUGAUUCCAGAUAGUGAUUACAGCUUAGAUCGGCUUCAUCUGGAAGUUUCCAAACACCUUGGAAGAAUGUGGUUUCCUGAUAUGAUGCCAACAUGGUAAAUUCUCUGUGUGGAUAAAAUGGUGGAAUCAGUGUGUUGCUUUCUAUGCAAAUAAAAAGUUUAAAAAUUAAAUGUGAAAACUUU